AUGCCUACUGCACCAGGAACCCUCGUUCGCAACGGUGCCAACAAGAUAACCCUCACGUUCUCUGUUGACGGCGUGCAAUUUACUUUUGUGGGAGUUAUGGACCCCGCUAUGCCGCCUUUCAACGCAAACCAAGUCACCCUUACAUACAACAGUGUCAAUGAACUGAGUUCUACAGUAUCAUUCGAUGGAAAAAUCGGACCAGAGCACUUUAGAUUGAACCUCAGUAACGGUGUCACCGCCAAGGGUGAUCUUGACUUCCCCCUCAGCCCUGCCUCGCUCGUCAGCGGAUCCGGCACGUGGACGCAGAACUAA